AGCAUAAAUACCUCGGGGUCUCCCGUCGCGUUCAAACUUACUGGUCAACCUAUUGUCUCCAUACACACCGGGAUUGCCAUUACCGUUAUACUCCCAAUCGGAAUGGCUCAACAAGAAGUAUCUAGCUCUAGCGCUCUCCAAGGAGGCAAUCUCCAUCACCCAUCAUGGCCUGAACGCUGGUCGCAUCCGGAAUUUACCGGUCCCCUUCGAGACCUUCGGAAGCGCUGGUGCAAGCAGCCCUGGUAUAAACACAACACCCGUCCUUCUGUCAUGUUUAUCAAACGGCUCAGUUGUUUACCCUGGGGCUUUGUGAUCUACCGCACUGUUUACACGGCGGAAUCCGACCGGCUCUGGUCUACCUGCCUCGCCAAAAUCGACCGUUACGUGCACUGGAGUAUUGGAGAUAUCGACGAAGAUGAAUAUCCGGACAGCGAUCCUUUUCCCGAGAAGUUUGUGCGGGAAACCUACAAGAAUGUUAUUUUCGAGGAUCGAGAGCGAUGGGAGGGGGCAUCGCUGGAACAGAUCCGUGCGGAUUUCAAACAAUAUUCAGAGUUUCUUGGGAUGGAAGAUGGGUCGCAUAUUCCAUGGUCGAAAGCCUGUCUCGUUAUAGACGAACAAUGCUUGAACUCGAUAGUGAGUGCCUUCGAGGAUCCGGAGGAGAGUGCAAAUUGGAGAGGGCCUCAGAGAGGGUUUGUAAUCGAGAAGGGCGGGUACAUUAUGUUGAAGCCGUUUGUGGUGAUGGUCGAUCCUACUUUUAGACCGGGGGAGAGCUAUGACACGCCUGGGUACCAGGGGUACAUGCGCGUUGAAAUUGACGAUAUUUGGGAGGCAGCGGUUGAGUUGCGUCUCUCUACGGUGCAGGAGAUGUGUCCCAAUGUGACCCCUGCCGAGAUGAUCCCUGUUUAUGAUGGAGGAAGCGGAUAUUUGGUUAAUGUGUGAAGGUGGUCCUGACAUCUGACACCUCAUAAGCUGCGAUUGCUUGUUAUUUAUGUAGAUCAUCUCUGUAUCUCUUCGUGGAUUCCUACACGACUGCUCUGUUCAUACUCGGCAUUUGAGUUUCAAUAUGCCGCGAAUUGGCGGGCAACUGGUCGCAAUCAUAUUGUAUUGAGAGCACUGCUGUGCCCUCAUAUUAUCGGACCGGUAUAGGAGACAUCACGUAGAUAGAGGUGAGAUUAGCGGAAUAUGAUGCAUUGCCCGUAUG